UGAGAAAUGGUGUGUUAAGCGUUUGAUGAUAGAAAAGAGAAUGGGGAAGGGGAAGAAAGAAGAGGUAGACGCGUGCGUGGAUCUCACCCUCCGUCGCUUCGUGUACUCGUCAUUGACCGGUGCAUUUGCCGGUUUAAUAUUUUUCAGGAGUCGUACAGCUCGGUGGGCAUCGAUUGCUUUUGGUGGUGGGGUGGGAAUUGGAUCAGCAUACACACAGUGUUCUCCUCUAUUUCAUGGAUCUCCACCCAAUUCAGCAUCACCUAAGGUUUCUCACACUCCUAUUCAGAAUGUGCUGGACUCUGAGUAGGUGCUAUAACGGAUCCUGCUUCCUGGAUGUUGAAACAGAAUUUCUCGUGAUUAUUGGUGGUGUUUUCACCCCCCAUUAGAGCUACUUAAAAUGUAGAAUUACAAUGGUUUCAUCAAUGAACGACUAACUAAAUGUAUCCAGACUUCAUUCACAAGCUAUUAUCGUUUGAUUGAAAAAGAAAAAACAAUU